AUGCCCGUCUUCACCGAAUGUGCCUCUUCCUCACGAGACCUCCGAGUCCUGCCAUCUUUUGCCCCUCCACUACCUCGCCUAGUCCCCCAAUUCGCGCCAGAAAACAGCCCAGAAGAAGAGAAAUAUGAAGUCCUCAUCGUCGGCGCAGGCCCAUCUGGCCUCAUGCUCACUCUCCUCCUCGCCCGCUACGGCCUCUCAGAUGAAUCCCUCCUAUGCAUCGACUCAAAGCCCGGUACCCUGAAAUCGGGCCAAGCAGACGGCAUCCAGCCCCGCACACUGGAAGUCUUCAAAAGCCUGGGUAUAUCCGACGAAAUCGAAAACGAAGCAUGCCAAAUGUGGCAGUUUUCAUUCUGGAAUCCGUCUUCCAACAAGGACAAGAUCAUUGAGCGCACAGCCGUCAUGCCCGAGGUCAUCCCCGCCGCCCGAUUCAAGUACGAAGCAACCCUCCACCAAGGGCGCAUUGAGCGCAUCAUGGAGACCGAUCUACUGCGGUACUCCGGCCGAGGCGUGCUGCGGAACACGAACCUGAUCGAUGUAUCCAUCGAUGCCGACGGAGACGCCGAGUUCCCUGUUCUAGCGCGGAUCUCCGUGGAUGGUGUUGAGAGGAGCGUGCGCACGAAGCAUCUUGUUGGCGCAGAUGGUGCGCACUCGGUUGUGCGGAGGUGUAUGGGGUUGAAGUUGGAAGGGGAGUCGCUGGAUCAUAUUUGGGGUGUGGUGGAUUUGGUUGCUGAGACCGAUUUCCCGGAUAUUCGGCGACGUUGUGCGAUUCAUUCGCCGGCUGGGUCGGUGAUGGUUAUUCCUCGUGAGAGGAUUGCCACGGGCGAGUAUCUUACCAGGCUUUAUGUGCAUGUUCCUGAGACGGUGGAUCCGGGUGAUGCGGAUCGGGUGGAGGGCGAGAGUGAGGAUGCGAGGGCGCGGAGAAGUAAGAUUACUUUGGAAGGGAUUUUGAAGCAGGCUGCCGAUGCGAUGAAGCCGUAUUAUAUCCGGCCUAAGGGGGGUGUUGUGGAUUGGUGGGCGGCUUAUCAGAUUGGACAGCGGGUUUCGCCUGAGUUUAUUGUUAAGGAUGAGAAGGGGGUUGCGAGGGUGUUUAUCUCUGGCGAUGCCUGCCAUACACACAGCCCUAAGGCUGGACAAGGCAUGAACGUCUCAAUGAUGGAUUCUUAUAAUCUAGCUUGGAAACUGAUCUACCACAUCAACGGGCUCACCCCAUCGUCGUCCGAAUCCCCAACUCCAAUCCUCGACACAUAUCAGACAGAGCGCCACGAGAUCGCACAACAACUUAUCGACUUUGACCGCAAGUUCUCGACAAUGUUCUCUGGCAAAAUGGGAGCAACAGAGGGCCUGACCCAAGAAGAGUUCCAACAAGCUUUCAAGCUAGGAAACGGAUUUACCAGCGGCUGCGGUGUCGAGUAUCCCGCACCCCAGAAUCCGCUUGUUGUACGGGACGACGAAAUGGGUGAUAACCAAAACCAGAACAACAGUCCUAUCACAGGAACAGAUUAUCUUUCCGGGAUCCUUCGUCCUGGACGACGACUGUUGAAUGUAAAGCUGUUGAGACAUGCGGAUGGAUGGCAGCGCGAUAUCCAUGAUGAUAUGCCAUCGACAGCGCGCUUCCGACUUCUCACUCUGACAUCAACAGAUCUUUUGGAUCGGAAUAGUACAUCAGCAGAGACCCUUACCAGAGUCAGCCAGCUUGUAUCUCAAUUCCCGGCUUUUGUCAUUGAGCAAAUUGUGCUCCAUCCCAUGCUCCAUCGGCCAUUCGAGUGGGACGAGGUUCCUGCAUGCUUGAAACAGGACGCAGAAAUGCGGUUCUACGAUGGUUGUUCGUUGGAAGAUGCGUAUAGUAUCUACGGUGUUGAUCCUGCAAAGGGCGCGCUGGUUGUUAUUAGGCCAGAUGGGUAUGUGGGCAUGGUGGUGAGGCUUGCUGAGGUCGGGAGAGUUGAGGAGUAUCUGAAAGGGUGUAUUCGAGCCGUUUCUUCCCUGUAA